AUGGUUCGCGUUCCUUUGGCAGCGGGAAAUAUCUCUAAAGUUCUUUUGAACAGCCAGCUCUCGCAUGGUUUACGUACUGUUACCACAGCUGCAACUGCUUCUAAGGUUGAUCCCUCGAUCGUCCCUGAAGAUCGAGACAAGCCUUUCCCUGUCCAACUUCACGAUGGUGUCUUUGAAGGUUACAAAAUUGACAUUCCUGCUAUGAACAUGGAAGUUACCAGAAACGAAUUAAUGGAUUUGUAUGAAAAUAUGGUUACUAUUCGUCGUCUUGAGCUUGCUUGCGACGGUCUUUACAAAGCAAAGAAGAUUCGCGGUUUCUGCCAUCUUAGUGUUGGCCAAGAGGCUGUAGCUGGUGGUAUGGAGAGUGCUAUUACUCGUGAAGAUAGCAUUAUUACUUCUUACAGAUGCCACGGUUUUGCCUAUACUCGUGGCUUACCACCUCGUGCCAUUGUUGGUGAAUUGAUGGGCCGUCAAUGCGGUGCUUCCAAGGGCAAGGGUGGUUCUAUGCACAUUUUUGCUCCCAACUUUUACGGUGGUAACGGUAUUGUUGGUGCUCAAAUUCCUUUGGGUGCUGGUAUUGGAUUCGCUCAAAAGUACUUGAACAAGCCCAACGUCACAUUCGCUCUUUACGGUGAUGGUGCUGCAAACCAAGGUCAAGCUUUUGAAGCUUUCAACAUGGCUAAGCUCUGGGGUCUUCCCGUUGUAUUUACUUGCGAAAACAACAAGUAUGGUAUGGGUACUAGUGCUGAGCGCUCUUCUGCCAUGACUGAAUAUUAUAAGCGUGGCCAAUACAUUCCUGGUCUCCGUGUUAACGGAAUGGAUGCUUUAGCGGUUAAGCAAGCUUGCAAGUUCGCCAAGGACUACACUGUUCAAAACAGCCAACCUUUGUUGAUGGAGUUUGUCACUUAUCGUUAUGGUGGUCACUCCAUGUCUGACCCCGGUACCACUUACCGUACCCGCGAUGAAGUCCAACAAAUGCGUGCCGCUAAGGAUCCUAUUGAAGGCCUUAAGCGUCAAUUGAUGGAAUGGAAUGUUGCCAAUGCCAAUGAAUUGAAGAACAUUGAAAAGAAGGUUCGUUCUUUCAUUGAUGCGGAGGUUAAAAUUGCUGAGGAAAGCCCUUUCCCUGAACCUACCCACGAGAACUUGUAUUCUGAUAUCUAUGUUAAGGGAACAGAGAAUAUGAAUGCUCGUGGCCGUAACACUUUGGAGUGGAAGAACUAG